CAGAAAGGGUAUAAUCCUCAUACGCUGUCAUUAAUAUCUCAGACUCCGUCUCACUGGAUUCGCCCCACAGUGCCAGCAGCUUAAAGAAUAAUAAAAUAAAAUAGAUAAAAGACCAGUAAGAAGAAGAAGAAUAGCAAUCUAAACAGUGCAAAAGAGCAAUGAGAUGGUUAAAGUGGCAGUUUAAAGUGACAACAGUGCUAAGAACAGUAAGUAGAUGAGUCGGUGAUGGCAGUCUUUGGUGAAGAUGAUGUUCUGAACAGCUGUGAAAGUUUUUCAGUGAGAGUUUGUAGCAGGGAGUGAAGGGGGCAGGGCAGGGAGGGAGUUGAGUUUCCUUAUUGCCUGGUGGAGGAAACUGUCCUUGAGUCUGCUGGUUCUGGCCUGGAGACUUUGCAGUCUCCUCCCUGAUGGCAGCAGGAGGAAGUGACUCUGGGAUGGGUGUGAAGGGUCCCCUGCAAUCCUGAUGCCUUUGCGGGUGAGGCGGGAGUGAUAACUGUAAGAGAGGCCAGUGAGAGGGACACCGAUGAUCUUCUCAGCUGUUUUCACAAUGUGCUGCAGUGUCUUCCGGCAGGAUGUGGUGCAGGUUCUGAACCACACGGUGAUGCAGCUGGUCAGGUUGCUCUCGAUGGUACCACUGUAGAAGGUCUGCAUGACGUGGGGAGGAGCUCUGGCCCUCUUCAGUUUGCGGAGGAAGUACAGUAAAAAAAAUUAUCUAUUGAGAUGUCACAAGGCUGGAUCCAAAUGAAGCAGAUUUAUUAGCUAAGUUAGAAGUCCACAAAGCUAAAUCAGGGUCAGGAAGGCAGGAGUCAACGAGCAUAAGUUCAUCAGAGGAGAGACGGGGUAGUCAGGAUCCAGGUGAAAGUCAGGGCAGGCAGCAGGCAAACAGAGUCAGGAGACAGAAGACGAGGUCCAGACAUAAUGCUUAAAGGCAAGUGGCACAAACAAUACUUCACUCAGUGCAGUGUUCAAGUAUGCUGUGGUUGAUUGAGCGAAUGAGAGUCAGGUGUGUGGCAUCCAGGAAGAGCACGCUGGGGUUGCUGGGAGUUUUAGUGUAGAACUAUGGGGACGGCUCCCGCCAGUGACAAGAGGGGAAGACAGAGCUCAGAAUUCUGAUAGGAGAUACACAUAGAUGAAAUUAAGGAGCAUUAAAGGAACACCUAAAUAAGAACUUUAACACCUUUUUCAUUUUUAAAUCUAAAAAAAAAAUCAAUUUCAGAUUUAUCUUUUUUCCUGGCCACUGGCAAUAAGGAAACCCUAAUUUCUAGUUGAAGCCGAUAAUAGCAAAAUAAUAACAUAUUACAUUUUUUUAAAUCAAUUUUAAACCUAUCAGGAUGUGAAGCAAACAGAAAUUUAAGUUUCAGAAUUGUUAUUGCCUUUAAAGAAAUGGAGUUCAGACAGAUUUUCAAUCCCUUUUGAAUUAGAUGAAUAUCAGGUGUUUUGCUGAAGCACCUCAUGACAUUUGUCUCCUAAUUCUUCUGCUAACAUUGUAGCUCUGUGUGAUUCUCAAAGAAAAAACCAAUGUGGGCUGAAGAUUGCGCAACAUCUACGCCUGACACAGCACCCAUACUGCUCUGAAUGACACCCAAAGAAGGAGCAGCUCAGCUCGGUGAAUACAUGGAGCAGUGCAGCAGCUUUGACUUUAACAUGGAUGACUGCGAGAAGUUUGAACUGUCAGAAAACAAUGUGAACAAGGGAACAGAGCAGAUCCGGCCGGAAUGCUUUGAGCUGCUGAAGGUUUUGGGAAAAGGCGGCUAUGGAAAGGUGUUUCAGGUUCGGAAGGUAUCAGGAGCCAGUUCCGGGAAGAUAUACGCCAUGAAAGUUUUGAAGAAGGCCAUGAUUGUGCGCAAUGCAAAGGACACGGCGCACACCAAAGCAGAGAGAAACAUUCUGGAGGAGGUGAAGCAUCCGUUCAUUGUGGAUCUCAUUUAUGCCUUCCAGACUGGUGGGAAGCUGUACCUCAUUCUGGAGUACUUAAGCGGGGGGGAGCUUUUUAUGCAGCUGGAAAGAGAGGGCAUCUUCAUGGAGGACACAGCAUGUUUUUAUCUGGCUGAAAUCUCAAUGGCUCUGGGUCAUCUGCACCAGAAAGGCAUCAUCUACAGAGACCUGAAGCCAGAGAACAUCAUGCUCAACGACAGCGGACACGUGAAGCUGACAGACUUUGGUUUGUGCAAAGAGUCCAUCCAUGAUGGAACAGUCACUCACACCUUCUGUGGCACCAUCGAGUACAUGGCCCCAGAGAUCUUAAUGAGGAGCGGACACAACCGGGCCGUGGACUGGUGGAGCCUGGGAGCUCUCAUGUACGACAUGCUGACAGGAGCUCCUCCAUUCACAGGCGAAAACAGAAAGAAGACGAUUGACAAAAUCCUAAAAUGCAAACUCAGCCUUCCACCUUACCUCACACAAGAAGCCAGGGACCUCCUAAAGAAGCUGCUGAAACGAAGUGCCUCAUCACGACUUGGAGGCGGACCAGGAGAUGCUGCCGAAGUUCAGGUCCACCCGUUCUUCCGGCAUAUAAACUGGGACGACCUCCUCGCUCGCAAAGUAGAACCUCCCUUCAAACCGUUUCUCCAAUCAGCUGAUGAUGUGAGCCAGUUUGACUCCAAGUUCACCAGCCAGACUCCAGUAGACAGUCCUGACGACUCCACACUCAGCGAAAGCGCUAAUCAAGUCUUCCUGGGCUUCACAUAUGUCGCCCCAUCUGUGCUGGAAAAUGUCAAAGAGAAGUUCUCCUUCGAGCCAAAGCUCCGUUCACCGCGGAAGUUCCCUGGAAGCCCCAGAACCCUUUUGAGUCCCUUGAAGUUUUCUGGGGGGGACUCCUGGCUCCGAGGGCCGCUGCCUUCGGGCAAUCCUUCCACCGUUUGCCCCGGCUCCGGGGAGCACCCUAUGGAGGUGUCGGGAGUGGAGCAAAUGGACACGAGCAGCAGCUGCACCUCCGAGGUGUCUGCCCCACUUCCCAUCAGGCCACCCUCAGGCAUCCAAGCCGGGCCCUUUAAGAAGCAGGCCUACCCUAUGAACUCCAAGCGGCCCGAGCACCUGCGGAUGAACCUAUGACCUUUGGCCUGCUAUAGCUCUCUUUCAAUUGCUGUCCCUGUUUUUUAUAGUUUUCCUUUCCAACGCCUGUAGAAAAUGUUUUUUAAAAUGUGACUGACUGAUGCUGAUCACCAGCUCCUCCAGCAGCGCCUUCACCUCCUUGGCCUCCAAAGCCCCUUUUUCGCCCACCUGGCCUCCUGAGCUCAGCAUGAAUAAUCAGCUAAUCAAGUCUGACUCCUGAUGAGACGUGAAGUCGGUUUGGAAAACGAGGUGUCAUGUGACCUGGCAUUAUUAUGAUUUUCUGGUGCUCUGAGAGUUUUUUGUUUACAGACGGUUCAUCUGAGGAACAGUGGACUGUGUCCGCAGGCCUUUUGGUUUUUUAACCUAUCAAAGAACAGACAGUCGCGCUGCCUUCGCCGUGGGGCGUGUUCGAGUAGGAGGCGGAACCAGACUGACGGAUGAGAAGUCAUCAUACCGUCAGUGAAGUUUGAGUUGAGCGUUUCAUCCCAGUCACGACCAAAUGCCAACACGGCUUCCCUCAGAUGAAUGUACACGCUUUGUUUUGAAUGUAGACACUCCUGAUGCGUUCUUUACGGGAUCUUUAGUCUCCUGGACGGAGAACGGCUGCAGACCAAGUCCUCUCAAGCUGCAUUUGUGUUUUGCGUGUUGGCGCUGGACUGGUACAAUACGGGCGGACCACUGAGCAGAACCUGAGAGGCUGUGAAACUGCUGUAUGAGGUUCUGGAGUGAGGCCACACACGCAGAUAUAACUGGAAACGUCAAACGAGAACUGAUUAUUCCUGAAACGUAGACCAAAAGUUUGAAAGCAGCUGAAGAGAUGAGUGAUUAUGGGGAAAGUUUGGAGCGUUCCUGACUUUUUAAAAACCAUUUUAGAGCGAUUCUUUUAUUUCAUUCUGAAGGCUCACUCCUUGUCCCGGAGUUUUAUUUAUUCCUGGUGCCACUGUGCUUCCACUGCAUCAAGCACACUAUGCAAAUAAUGUAUUUAUGUAGUGUUGAUGGGAUAAUGCAGCAGAAUGUCUCCUGAUUCGUCGUAAUAAUCAUGUACAGUGUAAUUUAAUGUCUUAAAACCUCAGAUUUGUUUGUUUAUUUAAAAUGGGCUGGAAUGAGAGUAUUUAUUUUGUGCCAUGUUUCCUCUCAGACGACGGGUCAGUGUGUCGUCGUUCUGCAGGGCUUGAGGCAGAGAGCAGUGGGAGUCGUGCCUUUGGUUGCAGUGUACAGUUAGAUGUAAAUUAAAGUGAAGGGAGGCAGAAACUGAGUGAUGGAUUGAUACCUCCACACUCAGAACGAUGCUUCAAAACAAAAGGGAUCAAACUUGGUUGGGGUUUACACUUUAUACCUGUUGAUGUUCCCCAUUCACAGAGGGCAACUAAGGAAUAAUCGUAUGUACAUAAUGACACGGACAUAAACACCUUAAAGGACUGAUGAUGUUUCUAAAUGACAGCGAUGUCUCCGGACAGCAGAAGGUGUUUUGAUGCUGGAGGCUUCGGUUCAGCACUGAGAUGAUUCCACCCGGACUGUAAUCCAAACUGUAAUUCUUUAUUCAGAAAGUUUAUGAAUAAAAGUGAAAUCUGCAUACAGAAAA